GUUUUAGAGCUGACUCAGAAAUACUGUGAGGAGCGGGAAAUUCCUUUUCCAAAAAUCAAAUUGAGUGAGGAAGACCGAAAGAAGCCAAGAGAGUGUUACAUGUUUGUGGAUGAUGAUAACCCAAAGGCUCCAGUUGUGGUCCAUUUCCCAUUGGUGAAUGACACCUUCCAGAAAUACAAAGCUCCAGGAGUUAAACGUGAGUCUGAAGAAGAGAAAUCCUUUGGUGACUUUGUCAUUGAGUCAAAAGAUUCUCCUUACCGUACACUAAAUUUCACCUUUGAGCCGUACGAUUUCCACCGGUUAGUGGAAGUGAACCGCUACAAUGUUCUGAACAGCAAGGACAUUCUCUUCAAAACCUUAAACUUGGCUCUGCAAAGGAGAAGAGUAGAAAACAUUCGCUGUGACUUGGGGGUUGGGAAGCCAGAAGUGCCUCGGUUGUGCUGGCUUACUGUAAAAAUUAUAAGUGUGAGAAAUCUCCGUAAAGCAGACCUGUUGAGCCUAACUGAUUGCUACGUGAAGCUAUGGCUGCCCACAGCUUCAUGUCGGGAAGCCCGGACGAAAACUGUACGCAACUGCAGAAACCCUGUCUGGAAUGAAACCUUCCACUUCAUGAUACAAAGUGCAGUCAAGAACAUCCUGGAGAUGACAGUCUGCGAUGAGGAUACUUUCACACCAGAUGACCAACUUCUGACGGUUCGCUUCGACGUAGCUAAAAUCCAACCUGGUGAAAAAGUUCACCUGAGUUUUGAGUUGAAUCCAGAGUCUCGUGAAGUUUCCUGUUUGGGAGUACAGGUGGAUAAAACAGAAAUGAAGAGCCCUUACACAAGGAGAGAUUUCACGUUCACAAUGAAAGGAUCCUAUGAAGAAGCCCAGGAUGUUUCCAUAGGUACUCGCUGUAGCCAGGGAGGCAGCAAAACCACCAUGUUCCACUACGUCAAGCACAGUCAACCCAGGCUGCAUAUGGCGCUGCCAAAGGAGCGGUUUUUCUGCAGUCAUUGCUCAGCUAGGAGGGAAAUGGGUGUAAGUAAUCCUCUGGCUGUGCCUCUGCAUUCUCUGGACUUGAGAAAGAAAGUGACAGUGAUGAGGGGUGAAUCUUAUGAGGUGUCUGUGAAGGAAGAAGAUGGUUGUAAGAAUUUAGAUUUACGGUUGGAGUUUGGUCUGUGCACGGAGGAGCAGGAUUUCAUCUGCAAAAGGAAGAAGGUGGUUGCUGCUGCUCUAAAAAAUGUUCUUCAGCUAGAUGAAGACCUGAAGGAGGAUGAGGUGCCAGUGGUGGCCGUUGUGACUACAGCAGGUGGCGUACGGUCCAUGACAGCUAUGUUUGGCAGUCUUCUGGCUCUACAGGAGUUAGGCGUUUUGGACUGUCUCUCAUACAUCAGCGGUUUAUCUGCCACAACAUGGACCAUGGCUAAGUUGUAUGAAGAUGCAAAUUGGUCACAGAAGGAUCUCAGAGGGCCAAUUGAUGAUAUCAGGAAACAUGUGACCAAGAGCAAGCUACACUGUUUCUCAUUGGAUCGUAUGAAAUACUAUGAAAAAGAGCUUUGUGAAAGAAAGCAAGAGGGGCAUAAGCUGUCCUUUACAGAUUUAUGGGGACUCUUCAUUGACUGUAUGCUACAUCAUCAGGAAAGUACUCAAAAACUCUCUGAUCAGCAACUGGCAAUAAAUCAGGGGCAGAAUCCACUGCCCAUAUACCUGUCCCUCAAUGUCAAGGAUGACUUUAGCACCCUGGAUUUUAAAGAGUGGAUGGAGUUCACACCUUAUGAGGUGGGUUUUCUGAAAUAUGGGGCCUUUGUUCGUGCAGAGGAUUUUGGUAGCGAGUACUUCAUGGGUCACCUGAUGAAAAGGAUACCAGAGUCCCGCAUCUGCUUCUUGAAAGGCACAUGGAGUAAUAUAUUUUCCCAGAAUUUUAUGGACGCUGUCUACCUUUCGGGUCAUUCAGAUGACUUCUGGCACAGAUGGACCCGAGGCACUCAGCAUGAUAUUGAGGAACACCCUGCUCUGCCCAAGAAGUCUCAUGAACAGGCAACUUCCUUAUCCAUUCCCAAAGGUUUCCUUUCCAACACUCUUCGAGAAAUGAUGACAGGACGGCCAGUGGUUUCAACUUACCAUAAUUUCCUCAAAGGCUUGCAGCUGCAUAACAAGUAUUCAGAGAAUGAGAACUUUUGCAUGUGGAAGGACACAGUGCUUGAUUCUUCUCCCAACCAGCUGAAUGAAAUGGAUGACUACCUCAAGCUGGUAGAUACAGCUUUCUUCAUCAACACCAGCUGCCCACCCAUUCUGAGGCCAGAGAGGAAAGUGGAUGUCAUUUUGCAUCUAAAUUACAGCGGAGGAUCACAGGCUCUGCCACUGGACCUGUUCUCAAAAUACUGUUUGGAGCAUGGGAUCCCAUUCCCUGGCACGCAGCUGAGCCAGGAAGACCGAGAACACCUGAAGGAGUGCUAUGUGUUUGAGGACAGCUUAGAGGCACCAAUCAUGGUCUAUUUCCCACUGGUGUGUGAUACCUUCCAAAAAUACAAGGCACCAAAUGUGGAGCGCAGUUCCACAGAGAUGGAGCAGGGAAGAGUAGAUGUGUCCAACUGUGUUGGUCCCUAUGGCACUGGUCUGCUUACAUAUACUGAAGAGAAUUUCAACAAGUUGCUGAACCUGUGCAGCUACAACAUCCUGAACAAUAAACAUUUAAUUCUUCAGGCUUUGCGAACCGCAGUGGAACGAAAGAAGCGAUUUAAAAACUGUCCAUCAACUAAGUCUAAACUGUCUUAA